AUGGAACAUUUUCUAUCGUGGCAUAGACCACAAGUACAAGCUUUCAUUGACACUGCAAGCAAUGGAAACUUCAUGACCAAGACAAUUGAUGAAGCUAAGGGACAGCUAAAGCAUAUCAAUGCAAUAGAAGGGAUGACUGAUGCCAAUGAGGACCCAUCAAGAGAGUGCAUGGGAGAUUUCUCUAAUGAAGCCAAUGAAGAAGAUGUGAACUACAUUGGAAACUAUGGGAACAAGGAAUACAAUCCAAACUAUGGCCUCCAAGGCUUGAUUCUCACUGGCUAA